AUGUCACUUCUCUCGAUUGAAUUACAACAGCCUCUUUGGAACAACUUAUCCCAGGCCUGUUUUGGAAACACUGAAGAGCUCGAAGAACAUUCACCAGGAGUUUUGGCGUAUAACUCACUGUUUGACGGCUCUGACGAUUGCGAGACUCCAGAAUUUUAUACUGAUAAGUCCAAUAAAGAUCCCGUUCUGUUGGAAUCGAGUGCGCGUGAAGAGCAAUUACUCCGGAAGUUUGACUCUUCUAUGACGGGUUCUCUAGACUCUCACAGUUGGUCGAUCGAUGAUAUUCUGGCUGAAUGUACUCCUGAAAAAAGCUCGCUUUGGACUGGCGCUAUAAGCGGAGAAAACAAUUAUCAAAGAGAGCUCAGCGGAUCUUCACUUACCACAUCCUACAACCAAAAUAGGUUCCAGUCAGAUUCAGAUGUUGUCAUUGACCAAAGAUUUGAAGUUGGUUUGAAUGGCGAUUUGGACACCGAAGAAAACACGCUUGAGGCUGAUAGUAUUAGUGAUCGGACAAACGAUGACAAUUACAAAGCUACUUUCAGCGCUAAUAAACCAUUAAUAAAAGUCAACACAAAAGAUAUGAAAAACCACACACUUCCGUCACCAAGCAGGUUAUUUGUCGAGCCUGUUAAACAUGAGUUUGCUGGUAAAGUCAGCAAGCCAAGUACGAAAAAAAACCGCGGUAAAAGAAGUUCCAAAUUUAAUUUUAACGCUAAAAAAGCAUCGCUUCAAAAAUUGAUAACUGAAUUACAGUCAAAGUGCGAUCAAGCUCGCCAUGGCGAGAACGGCUUUCUGAUACGUCGAAGUGUUGCCAAGGAGCUUGACAUCGAACACCAAUGUUCACCGACAAUCCUUAAUUUUGGAGGAACGUUGUUUUCUCAUGUUAUGCGAUACCUGGAAGAACAAGCACUCCAUUUUCAACCUGCAGGCCAGUUUAGAACAAUUUGGAAUUAUCAUAGAAAACAACAAGGAUCCAGAAUUGUGUUGUCUCUGACUCCUUAUAAUGGAGAAACCGAUUGUGAUGGGACUAAUUAUCAGUUCUCAGUAGUGUCCCGACUAUUACCUCACGAUUGCUUUGGAAAUCCGCAGAGCGUGUCAAAAAAGAAAACAAAUAAAGUUCAGGAUGAACUUGAGAGAGAGAAAAGAGCUAGCAGAGGAAAUAUGUUCCACUGGCGUCAUUUUUUGACCAGUUUCGAAUAUUUCAAGCUCGUUUCCUUUAUGCUUGGGACAAACUAUGAUUUUGGCCUUAACGACAAUCAAAUUGGUGAGACGAGAGGAAGCGACGGAAAAGUGAUAUCACCGGAGAAACGACAUGACAUGAGGACCAGGUCUCAUGCUAAAAUCUAUUUUGAAGGCAAGGCGGUUAAAAGUGCACACGAGUUGGUUAGCAACGAGACAGCUGGCAGACGCAAAUCGUUCAUCGUGGGGACCUUCGGUCAAAUUAUGGGGUAUACGCACAUGAAACCUUUUGGCUCCGACUCUUCGCUUUCAGUAAUGGAGUUCAGAUAUCUCGAAGAGGCUCUUUCAAAGGAGAUAAAUUUCCACGUUUCUCACAGUAUUUGA